CACACCCCCACCAUUGUGUAAGUUAUAAAGCUACUGUACUGAAGAUGCUUUCUCUGUGCAGAAGUACGUCCAGGCUCCACGGCCUAAGGGCACUGGUCUCCAGGGAUGGGGGGCUAGCGAGGCUCCAUGCUAGAGGUCUGUUUGGUAGCAAGAGUGAUGUCCCCAAGAAGUCACAGUCACGAGUGCUCAGCAAGGACGAGGGUCACCUCUUUGAGAUGGAGUUGCACAGAGUUAAACCAGAGUACAUGGAAGACUACCUAAAAGCAUCUGGAGAGGCAUUUCUGAGAGUGAACGAUAGUCCAGAGAUACCUGCCCAACUGUUUGGCAGCUGGACCACCAUGGUCGGACCAGUGCAGGACCAAGCUACUCAUCUUUGGAAAUAUGAAGAUUACGCUUCUGUGUCCAAGGCCAAACAGAUGCUUAAUGAAGAUAAGCAUUGGAAUGAAUAUCUGAAGACACGGGCCAAGAUGUUGGACCGCCGUAGUUCCCAGGUCAUCCUCCCCUUUGCAUUCUGGGCCCCGGCUGACCACAGCACUAUGACACCAAAGGGACUCUACGAAAUGAGAACCUACACUCUCAGACCUGGGACUCUGAUUGAAUGGGGUCAAGCAUGGGAGACGGGAAUACACUAUCGUAAGGAUGAGUCAAUCGGUGGAUGGUUUUCUCAGAUUGGGGAGAUGCAUCAGGUGCACCAUUUGUGGGCGUACAAGGACCUGGUUGACCGGCAGGAGAUGAGACAAGAGGCGUGGUCAGUACCUGGCUGGGACGAGUGUGUCAUGAGAACAGUUCCGUUGAUUCGCUACAUGGCAGUGAGGGUCCUCAUUCCAACAGCCUACUCUCCACUGCAAUAAUACUGUGUGUCACUUCUAUAGCUGUUUAAUUUGUAAGGAAGACUCGCAAUUAUUUUGUGACAAUACCUAGUGUCUUAUCUGAUGUAUUGUGCCCACUGUACUACUGUGUCAACAUGCUGACGAUAUUUACAAAGAAUUCAUUGAAAUUGAA